GGAAGCAACUUCGAGGGCCAGUGGCAGAACGGCAAACGACACGGGUUGGGCGUUGAAACUCGUGGUCGCUGGGUGUACAGAGGCGAGUGGACGCAAGGGUUUAAGGGCCGCUACGGUGUGAGACAAUCUGCCACGUCCAACGCCCGCUAUGAAGGCACCUGGGCCAACGGACUGCAAGAUGGAUACGGCUCGGAGACCUACGCCGACGGGGUGAACAAAUUGUAUACUGCUUGCGCUGCAUCCUAUUAUAAGCGCAAACGCUCCUACAAAGCCAAUUGCAACGAAGCUAAGGAUAAAAUGAGCUCUGAAUGCACGUACCAGGGCCAGUGGCUGCGCGGCAUGCGGCACGGGUACGGCGUGCGCGCGUCGGCGCCCUUCGGCCUGGCGUCGCACACGCGCCCGGACAAGGGGGUGCGCGCAUCGAUGGCGUCGCUGCGCAGCCAGGACGGGCAGGGCGGCGACCCCACGGCGGAGCGCGACCGGCGCGUGGACGACGCGCGCGGCGGCUUCGGCUUGAAGAUUCGUCGCAGCACGGGUGACUUAGACAAGCGAGGUCAUCCCGAUAGCAUCCGUUCCACCGGCUCCAGCGCCUCCUGGGUGAGCACGGAGAGCUCUCAGUCGGGUAUCACUAGCGCUUCGGUGCACACAGACUCCAACGCCAGCUUCGUGGUGCAGGACGAGCAGCUGGACGCCAGCGUGACGGAGACGUACAUGGGCGAGUGGAAGAACGACAAGCGCUCGGGCUUCGGCAUCAGCGAGCGCUCCGACGGGCUGCGCUACGAGGGCGAGUGGUUCGCCAACAAGAAGUACGGCUACGGCGUCACCACGCUGCGCGACGGCACCAAGGAGGAGGGCAAGUACAAGAACAACGUGCUCGUCACCUCGCAGAAGAAGAAGCACCUCUUCCUCAUCCGGUCGGCCAAGUUCCGCGAGCGCAUCGACGCCGCCGUCAGCGCGGCGCAGCGCGCCUCCAAGAUCGCCCUCCAGAAGGCCGACAUCGCCAUCUCCAGGACGGCGACGGCGCGUGGCAAGGCGGAGCUGGCCGACAUGGCGGCGGACCACGCGCGCGAGGACUCGGACAUCGCGCGGGACACGGCGCGACAGUUCGCUCCCGACUUCCACCAGCCGGGACUGGAGAAAAUGCGCGCCCGCCCCAAAUACCAGCCCCCGCCGCCCAUGCUGCCUGCGGAGCGGCCGAACAUCUCCUCGGCCGAACCGCCCGGCCAGCAGCAGUACCAGCAACAGUACCAGCAACAGUACCAGCAGCAGUAUCAGCAGCAGUACCGGCAGCAGAACGCGUCGCCGGCCAUCGUGACGACCUCGGACGAGGAGCCUGCGUCGAAGCCCUACAUGAACAAAGUGGGGCCGGGCGAGGUCGGGCGCCUGCCCAACGCCGUGCCUUCCGCCAACUCCCUGCCGCCCGCGCCGCAGUCCUCGCAGCAGCAGCAGCAACAACAACAACAGCAACAGCAGCUGCCGCCGCCGCCCACGCCCACGGUUGAGCCCCCGACACCCGCGGUGGACGAGGGCUACACCCACGCGGACGCCCAGCAGCAGCAGCAACAGCAGCAACAGCUGCAGCAGCAGGGGCUGUCGGCGCCCGCGCGCUCGGCCAGCCUGCGCCGCAACUCG